GUGGAGGAGCUGGCGCUGCAGUCCAUGAUCAGGGCCAGGGAGGAGAACUCGGCAGUCUCUUCAUCAGCCAUCGCAGAGGAGACUGACAAAAUUCUUGUUCAGAUGGACAACGAGGCUGCUAUCAACCAAACAGAAUUGCACCUCAGUCUUCAAGAACAUGAAGAGGAGGAGGAGGAAGAGGAGGAGGAAUCAGAUUCUUGA